AUGUCCUCAUCAGUUCCAUAUGAUCCAUACAUUCCAAACCAACAGACUGGUGACCAAUCCAGGACUGCCGCAAUACAAGCUCAAAUAGAUGACACUGUUGGUAUCAUGAGAGACAACAUCAACAAAGUAGCAGAAAGAGGAGAAAGAUUAGAUUCAAUAGAAAACAAGACCGACAAUUUAGCCAUUAGCGCACAAGGUUUCAGGAGAGGUGCCAAUCGAGUAAGAAAAGAUAUGUGGUGGAAAGAUUUCAAAAUGAGAAUGUGUCUCAUCUUUGCAGUCAUUAUCGUCAUCAUUGUCAUUGUUGUUCCUAUUGCUGUUCAUUUCAGUUAG